UGCUUCGGCGUCGGAGAGGUCGUCGACGGGGUCUGUGGGCGCCAUGUUGUGAAAGUCGUCAAUGUCGAUGCGUGGGUGAAGUCGCGGCAGGUGGAGCCGCGCCUCGAGGAUCGCCGGCUAGAGAUGCAACAGGCUAGACCGCCGACCGCCAGCCGCCAGCCGCCGCCGGUGACGUCGCGUGAGAUGCGGCUGCACGAGCGGGGCGCGUCAGAGCACAACAACCAAGGAAAGAAACAACAAAAGUGCCAUGCGCACAACCGCCGCCGACUAGCACACGCACAUUCCUACCAUCGCCAUGGCGCCUCUUGAGUCGAGCGCGACCGCCCAGAGCAACAGGCUGCCCUACGCGCUCUUCGCGGGCCAGACCGCGCUUGUUGCUGUCCUCACGGCAAAUGUACUGCACAAGGCCUAUCGCGCCGCGCGCGCACUCCCUCCGGCCACUGCGACGCGUGCCCAGGUCGAAGCGCGACGACGCCAUGCCGUCGUCUUCUCGGUUCUCGCGUUCUUCUCUCUGACAUCAGUCACGACCUUCGCUGUUCUGUGGCGCGCCCUGUCGUAUCUGGACUGGGCUCACCUCGGCGGUCACGAGACGCCAAACACCAUCUGGCACGGCUGGUAUGGGACGGGAGAAGAAGGAGUUGGAAGCUGGAGACUGGGCGACUGGCUGAGCGACACGGACCUGAUUCGCGCAUCGGAUGAAGUUGCGGUCGCGAAGCCCGAGGCUUUUGUGUAUACCACGCAGCACUUCGUCGCACUCAUUGGCAAUGCCAUAUUCAUGGGUAUUGAAGGCCGCAGACGCAACCUUGCAGCCUCCACCAUUGCAUCUUUCGUCAUCUUGAGCGCAACCGGAAGCCUGGGAUAUGCCCUGAAUCUGUUCUUCAUCAUCAUGCUGUACACGCCGCUGGCCAGACACAGCGAGGACCACGCACGCCAUGAUGCCCUGUUUACCCCAAAGCCUUUCGUUUUCUACGUCCCGGUGUGGCUAUCAGUCUUCGCCCUGCACACGUUGCCUGGCCAGUUGAAGGAGAACAAAGACGUCAUCCUUCUGCGCUGGGGCUAUGUCUUCGUUCCCCUGUUUCUUGCGUUUGCGCCGCAGAUUGUCUCCAAACGAUUUGGUGACCACUACGCGUCCAAGGCCGCCGCCCAUCGCUCAUACUCCCGCGUCUUCUACCAGCUGUCCAUCGCAGCCUUCAUCCUGCACUGGAAGGUUUUCGGUUUCGCAGUCCUUGCCAACACGCCCUUGAACGAGACCUCGGUCUACGACAGACUGAAGCACCGACUCGAAGAGGUUACUGGAACAGGCAGCUCGACGCCAAACCGACUGUACGAGGGUCUCAGCACCCUGGCACUGAAGCUUAGGCCCAUCAGCAUCCACCCGGCCGUCAGCGUUACCACCUCAGACGUGUUCUUCGCCUCCGUCAGUCUUUUCGUCUGGGCCUUCAUCCGCGAUCUGGACGUCGGCGCCAUGCUUGACAACAGCGUGCUGUCAUUUCUCACGUCGAACAAGUCAGAGAAGCACGUCGAAUUUGAGGACGAGCCUGACACGCGAGCGCUUCCUGCCGCGGAUUCCGAAGAACCUGAAGAAGUUGUUCCCGCAGUCACGCCCAAGAAGCGGGGUCGCCCAAGGAAGUCCACUCUGACCGACGGCGCCACAUCGUCCUCGAAAGCCUCUUCAGUUGACCCGAACGCACUCAAGCGACCUACGAGGCGGGGGCUCCGAAAGGGCGACUUCUCGGACGCAGACCCGGACGAUGCUUACGAGCCGAGCGCAGCGGCGAAGCGGGACGUGGACCAGAUGGAAACGCAUGGGGAGCACAUCACUGAUGAUCUCGUUGGGCCUGCCGAGUCGACUGCGCUGGCGCUCUUCUUGGGCUUUCUCGGUGGACUGGGGCAGGUCUCCGCAAGCGUGCUCGGAGCUGAAGUCACGGCGGAGUAGCUAUUGCACAUGGAUGGAAUCUGAAAGUAUUGGAGUUGGCGCUGGUAGGAGUUGAGGUGUGCUUGCGCAUGAUACCUGUUGCCUGUUUGGUCUGAUCCAAAGCACUGUUCUAUUGUAAAGUGGAUGAACUCUUCC